AUGGGGAAUUGUUUGACUAGUAAAGGAAUUUCAGUCCAUUAUGAGAAAGAUGCGGAACGAAGAGAAGAAGAAGCAAUAGAAAGGAAGUCAAUUAGUUCACCAAAAUCAGAACCAAAGAGGCAUGUCAAUGGUGAGAAGGAGAAGGAGAAUGAAAGGUUCAAGCUACAUGAAGAAGGUGGAAAUGGAGAAGAAAGUAAUAAUGGCUAUUCAAAAGGUGGAGGUGUGAGGAUUAGAGUUGUGGUGACACAGAGAGAAUUGAUUCAGAUUUUGAGUAAUAAGUCGAAGUACUCUUCUGUGGGGCAAUUGUUGAGUGCAAUGAAGCUGAAAAGCAGAAAGAUUUCUCAAGUUAGAACAAGUGAUGGAAGCACAAAUGGUGCAUGGAGGCCAGCUCUGCAAAGCAUCCCAGAAGACUAA